AUGGAACCAACCCAACAGGAAGUUGGAAUCAAAGUUUACAAUGCAACUCCAGCACCGUCCCAUGAUGAUACACGCAAUUCUUCCGGCCCAGUCACUCUUCCGGUGAUGCCUCCAGAGGCUGUCCCGAAGAAUCGCCGUGCCAUCAUGGCAAAGGGUGUCCAGAAGACACUCAACAAGACUUCAUUACUCGGAAACUUCCUCCCAACGGGAACACUCCUCACAUUCGAGAUGGUCCUUCCAUCAAUCUACAAGAACGGACAAUGCAGUCACGUGCACAGCAUGAUGACCCACGUGCUCCUAACCAUAUGUUCACUCUCAUGCUUCUUCUUUCACUUCACGGACAGUUUUCCCGGGCCUGACGGAACCAUUUAUUAUGGUUUCGUGACCCCGAAAGGACUGUCCGUGUUCAAACCGGGGAUUCCGGUUCAAGUGCCAAAGGAUGAGAAAUACAAGGUUUCCUUCACGGAUUUUGUGCACGCUUUCAUGUCCGUGUUAGUGUUCGUGGCAAUUGCUUUCUCGGAUCAUAGGGUUACUAAUUGCUUGUUCCCCGGACAUGAAAAGGACAUGGAUCAAGUCAUGGAGAGUUUUCCGCUAAUGGUGGGAGUAAUUUGUAGCGGUUUGUUUCUUGUGUUUCCCAAUUUCAGACGUGGAAUUGGAUGCAUGUCUGCGUAA